AUGCGCAUGCUCGCACACAGCUACCCCACGCCCAUCGUCAAGCCGCUCUGGCCCUUCAUGGCCGCCAGCGUUAUCGUCUUCUUCGGCGUCAGCGCCAUGCAGAACGCCGGCGUCAGCACCGCCGAGGCAAAGGCCAACCCCAAGAACCCGUACGCGCUCAAGGGCGGCAAGGCCGAGCACCACUAA